GCGGCCGCGGCAGUGCCCGCGGCGGGGCGCGGGCGGCGGGUGAGGGGCGGCGCUGCCGGGCGGGCUCGCACCGGCACCCAGCGGGCGGGCGGGGCGGCGGGUCGAUCUUAAAAUCUUACAACAUGUAUUUCCUCGGACUGUUGUCUCUGCUUGUUUUGCAAAGUAAAGCCUUCAAGACAAAUUUUCCUGAUGAAACUAUUGCUGAGCUUUCUGUGAAUGUUUACAAUCAGCUGCGAGCUGCAAGAGAAGAUGAGAAUAUUCUUUUCUCUCCUCUGAGCAUUGCACUAGCCAUGGGAAUGGUAGAGCUUGGAGCCCAUGGAACCACUUUGAAAGAAAUUCGUCACUCAUUGGGUUUUGACAGCUUAAAAAAUGGUGAUGAGUUUACCUUUUUGAAGGACCUUUCUGAUAUGGCAACUAGUGAAGAAAGUCAUUAUGUUCUGAAUAUUGCUAACUCUCUUUAUGUGCAGAAUGGAUUUCACGUCAGUGACAAAUUUUUGCAGUUGGUGAAAAAAUACUUUAAAGCUGAAGUAGAGAAUAUAGAUUUCAGCCAGAGUGCAGCUGUAGCUACCCACAUCAAUAAGUGGGUGGAGAAUCACACGAAUAAUAUGAUCAAAGAUUUUGUGUCAUCAAGAGAUUUUGGUGCUCUCACUCAUUUGGCUCUCAUCAAUGCAAUCUACUUUAAAGGCAAUUGGAAAUCACAAUUCAGACCUGAAAAUACAAGAACUUUUUCUUUUACUAAAGAUGAUGAAAGCGAGGUGCAGAUUCCAAUGAUGUACCAGCAGGGAGAGUUUUACUAUGGAGAGUUCAGUGAUGGCUCCAAUGAAGCAGGUGGUAUCUAUCAAGUUCUGGAAAUACCAUACGAGGGAGAUGAAAUUAGUAUGAUGAUCGUUCUUUCCAGACAAGAAGUUCCGCUGGUCACACUGGAACCACUCGUCAAAGCCUCGUUGAUUAACGAAUGGGCUAACUCAGUGAAAAAGCAAAAAGUGGAGGUAUAUUUACCAAGGUUCACGGUAGAACAGGAAAUUGAUCUGAAAGAUGUCUUGAAAGGUCUUGGAAUUACAGAACUGUUCAGCCGUAGCGCUGACCUCACUGCGAUGUCGGAUAACAAAGAACUUUACCUGGCAAAGGCGUUUCACAAGGCUUUCCUAGAAGUUAAUGAGGAAGGAUCAGAAGCUGCUGCUGCCUCAGGAAUGAUUGCAAUUAGCAGAAUGGCAGUGCUGUAUCCGCAAGUCAUAGUUGAUCAUCCUUUUUUCUUUUUGGUCAGGAACAGAAGAACAGGUACUGUGUUAUUCAUGGGGAGGGUAAUGCACCCUGAAGCGAUGAAUACGAGUGGCCAUGACUUUGAAGAGCUUUAACUACUGCCAGCUACCAAAAUGAGGAAAAAAGCACAUGAAGUUUGAAGCUAAUGUAUUUAAGGUUUGCUGUGUUUUCCCCCAAGAUACUGUUUAAAAUGCUUUCAGAUCUGUGUGCAAGUCAGUUUCCAGAGGAAAGUUCACAGUAUUAAAAUAAUGGUUCUGUUUGUCAUUGUGAUUGCUGUGUCCUUAAAAUAAAACUGUGUACAUGUCAACAACUGUUUCUUGUUCUAGUGAAUCGUAAAGCAACAAACUUGCAAAUCCAUAAUUCCUAAAUUUUUCACAGUCCAAAGACUGACUGGAUCAAUGAUAAAGGAGCAGAAUGGGUGCAGCUCUGAAUAAUCAAAUGGCAAACCGUGAUGAUAACGUACAGUUGAAGAACUACAUCUGGAAAAUGUAAUCUCUUCUUGUAAACAGACUGCGGUAUGCUGUCUCAUCAAAGUUAAUGGGAAAAAAUUAAGCCUAAUGGAUUCUAUCUAAGAUAACUGUGGUUGACUUUUUGUAUGAACUCCCACGUGUGAUUCUAAAAUGUUGCUUUUAUGAAUGCUCCUGCAUGCGAUUCUGCGAUUCACCUUCCAUAAAUGUUGAUGCCAAUAAAAUUUGAUCGCAUGGAUAUUUGAACCUAGUCAGUAUAGAAUAGCUAUGUAUGUGACUGAAGUAAAAAUGGGUGAAUAGUCAUGUCAUUUGUGUGAACACAUUUUUCUCCACAAAAGUAGUUGUUCUACUUUAACCUGAGCUUUACAGUAUCUCACUUCAGUGAUCUAGAAUGAUCGUUCUCAAAAUUAAAUACUUAUUUUCUUAGAUUUAAGUGUAUAAAGAUGUCUAAAGAUGUUCAGUUCAUGAAUGUCUAAAGGAACAGCAUAAUCCUUUUUCUUCCCUAACUUUUUAUUGAGGACAAACCGUCAGAGGAGAAUGACAUGUACCACAAGUAAAUGUUAGCCUGGAAUUAGCUGCUGUUUCCAUUUGCAAGAAGUACCAGCGAUCACUAGGCAGGCAUGUAAUUAUUUCUUCCCUCAUUGUACAAAAUAUGAGAUGAACAGAAGUUAUUUAGAAGGUGAGAGAAUGGGAGAAAAAGGAGGAGCUCUUGAAACAGGUCAUACAUACAGACUUAUAGAUAAAUGGGGUUUUCAGACAAUAAAAGUUUUCUUUUGAAUUCUAUGGGAACAAAUGCACGUUGGCUGAAUUUAACUUACGGGCCUCUCACACAUGCAUUCAAUUCAAAACAGCAUAGAUAGUGCUCACAAAGUUACUCAUGCAAGGAGAACUUCCCAAGGCUGGCACAUAGAUCACUUUUUUAUCCUGCUGGUGCAAAUCCUGCAGGUCAGGCUGCAAAGUGAUGCGUGGAGGCUGAGUAUGCUGCCCCUGAGGGUGUUUGAGCACAUACCACGUCCUGCCUCCUUGAACUGUUUGGUUAUAUUGCAAAGAGGAAAAAUGUAAAAAAAAAAUAAAACAAAACAAAAAAAGCUCCUGCUUCUUCUGCAUUGUUCUGCUGUUUGGUAUAGCCCUUUGUGUGUUAUAGUCUAGACUUGAUAAGAAAUGUUUCGUAUUGAACUUUAGGCAAAUUAUAAUCCUUAGUUCUAUAUAGUUAAAAAUGUUACACCUAGAAGCAUUCCCUCUCCCUCCUAAGAAAGAGAAGGCUAAUUUUACCAAGGUGUAGAACUAGCCUCAAUGCACUUAAAUCCAGCUCCUUUGACACUGUUAGAGAAGGGCUGGAUCUUCAUGUUUAGAUGAUUUCAUGGAAACCACCUAAUGUCUGUAAAAGUGACCCCACGUGGUAAAGAUCUCCUGUGUUUUUAACCUCAGCGGGAGCCUGAGUUUUAUGCUGUUACAUUUUUUCAGGCUAAAUUUUGAGGUGCUCACUGAAGUGGAAAGACAUGAGAAAGGUAACUCAAUGAAGUUUAUUCCCAGUGCAGUGAAAGAUCUUUCUGACCAAGUCUGUGGUAUUUUUUUUCAUUAGUUCCUUGCAGUGUAGAUGCUCCUUACCAAGGGAAAGACUUUGAAGAUAGACUUGAACUAAAGCUAUGGAGUUAUGGAAGGACAACUGCCAGACAGAAGUAUUUAUAGAGGAUAUCAGGCAAGUGCACAGACUUCCCUAGCAGUUAGACUGACCAUAGGUACUGAGAGGAAUGAUGCAUCUCAUGUGCUAAGUCUGAUUCUGAGAAUUGUCUCAGUGGGCAUAUUGGAAAGGAAGCAGAAACAGAGGUGCAAGCACUAGUUAUUUCACUUGAUACUCACCUAGUCCUUACAGAUGCAACAUAGCCAUUUCAUGUUUCUUGAAAAUCGAGAAUUAUCUGGUUUUCAGUAACAAGAAUGGGUUUAUCACUAAAUUAUGCACAAUUGUUCGUCGUACACCACAACGAGAGCAGCUCUCAAACAAUACUGUUUUUCAGAAGUAGUAUCUUAAGUAUUGUUACCAGUUUACUGAGGUAUAUGAAUACUAUCACAUUGUGGUUUUAAUCUAGAUUUUGUAUAUUCUUUUCAAAGAUGCUAUUGCUUCUGAGACAAAACUAGCAAAAUACUUUGUCUUACUGUUUUUAUGGUAAGGGGAAUUCCACAGUAGUAUUUCAUAUGUUGAGUUUAGGUGUGUGGUCUUCUUAAAAAAUAAAUUUGUAUUUUGUGUUGGGGGCUACAUCAGAAAAUAAAUUAAUGAAACUUC